AUGUAUUCCUCUCUUAAUCAUAAUUCGAAUUGUCUGUCUUCUCCACUUGAUUUCUAUCAGCUUACAUUUUCCACUGAUGAUAUUGAAGCAAAUACUCUAUCGCAUCCCAAAAAUAAAUCGACGGACGGCAGUGACACGAUAAAAGAAACAUUAUCUGAUAUCCAUCAGCAGUUAAAUCAAUUGGCAUCCGAGAAUUUGAGCCUGCAAGAUAAAAUCAAUCGACAGUCCGAUGAACUGUCCGAAGCGAGAGCACAACUACGUGGAUGUCGCGGGCCGAUCACUUUUUCUCUUGACAAUACCUCCGAUGCAGAUAUCAUUCAUUUGGAAGCACUAAAGAAAGAGAAUAUUGAGCAUUCUUCAUUUUUAGAAAUUUUCAAUGUACCAGAAUUUACAAGGAUACUUAUCUGUGAUUUGAAGCCACGACUUGCUCGGCUGUUGACGCCUUGCUUGCCAGCAUAUCUUCUGCUUGCAGCCUUCCGAUACUAUGAUCAUAUUAAAGACGAAGCAGGCCUAACUGGUUUAUUCUCGGCUGUUCAUGUAGUACUGAAGGAUACAUUGGGACAUUCAAAUGAUAUGGAUGUGCUUUCGUUGUGGUUGGUUAAUUCGUGGCGUUUGUUGAACCUUUUACGGCAGUAUAGCGGUGAAAACAAUAAUGAAUGGUCUGCUGCUAAUUCAGAAAAACAAAAUAACCAGCGGAUGCAAAGUUUUGAUCUAAGUCCUUUGCGGAAUCAACUUCGUGCUCGAGUUGAAGAAUCAUUCCAAAAUCUUUUGAAACGAGCCAUCGAACCAGUACUUUCGCCAAAAAUAGUUCCCGCUAUACUGCAACAUGAAUCAAGUCAAAAGAUGAUAAACGGUAUAAGUGCAGAGAAUAAUGAACGACAACAGUCUAUGAAGGAGCAGAGUUCGCAACGAGCUUUAGAUGAUUUAAUUGAAUUGCUAAAUUUCAUUCAAAACAAACUGAGAGUGUAUGGUGCAGAUUCGGUGCUAUUAGGGCAAGUGUUCGGACAAAUGACUUACUGGAUUUGUGCGCUAGCACUGAAUCAUUUGAUGUUUAGGAAAGAACUGUGCAAUUUCGAGAAAGCCAUACAAAUCAAACAUAACGUUACCGAAGUACAAUCAUGGCUUUCUGCUAAUGGAUUAUCUGCACAUCGUGAAACGUUGGAACCAUUGGUACAGGCAUCUCAUUUGCUGCAAUCCAAGAAAGAUGAAUCAAAUUUAGACACUCUAUGUGGUGAAAUGACUUCAAAACUGAAGCCAAAACAAGUUAUGGCUAUAUUGCAACAUUAUACUCCAACGGAUGGCUUUGAAGAGAGACGACUGAGUCCCGAUUUUCUAAUCAAAGUUUCCGAAAGAUUGAAUGCUAGGACGAGAGCAAAUGGAGGAACAGAUGCUGAUAUUAAUACACUAAUCAUGAUGGGUACUUAUUUGACGCCUUUCAAUUCUGAAUCGUUUGUCUAUUCGGAUUUUAACCUGGAGGCAUUAUCAUUGCCUACUUGUCUGCAUUUGCAAGCGGUUUGUAAGUUAUUAUAG